AUGGUCUCCAUCCCCAUUGACAUGCUUACUUCGCGUUUUGGUGAUCGCCUCAGCAGCCUGCGCAGCACCUCGUUGAGUACGCGAUUCUCAAACCUGCGCCCGGUCUCGGAGUUUCUCGAUCUCAAGCGCCUGUCCAAGCCCGCCAAUUUCGCGGAAGCCCAGAGCCGCGUCAACUACAACCUGUCCUACUUCUCCAGCAACUAUGCCGUCGUGUUUGUGAUGCUCAGCAUCUACAGCUUGCUGACCAACCUGGUGCUGCUGUUCGACAUGAUCUUUGUGACCUGCGGUAUCUACGGAAUCAACAAGCUGCAAGGCCGUGAUCUGGAUCUGGGCUUCUCUCGAUUCACCACUUCCCAGCUCUACACCGGACUGCUCAUCAUCGGUAUCCCCGUUGGUAUCUGGGCCUCGCCUCUGGCGACUGCUCUGUGGUUGAUCGGCGCUACUGGCGUGACCGUCUUUGGCCACGCUGCUUUAUUGGACAAACCGAUUGAAAAUGCUUUUUGCGAGGAGGCGGUCUAG